AUGGAGGACACAAUAGAUCGCGUGUUUGUCCAGGCACUCGCCACUAUCCGCGUGCUAUCAAAUCCCAAAUUCCCCUCCGCUUCGCAUAUGAUCCAGCGGCCUCCGCUGCAAAACAGAAUACAUCUUUACGGCCUCUACAAGCAGGCAACCGCCGGAGAUGUUGACCAGCUUAUGCCUAGGCCGACUGGUAACCGGGAAGAGGACGAGGCGGGAAGAACGAAAUGGGACGCUUGGUAUUCGCAGCGGGGUUUGUCAAAAACCGAAGCUAAGCGGCAAUAUAUUCCCUAUCUUUUAGAUACGAUGGACAAAUUCGCCAGCUCAACUCCAGAAUCCCGCGAACUGAUCUCUGAGCUACGAGGUCUAUGGGAUCAAGUCAAAGACCUCGAUUCGUCUUCUGACUCGCCAAUCGGCUCACCGACCGCGGAAAAUACUCAACUUGCAGAUACCAUGACCGCCCCAGCCGAGGAUGCGGCUGACGAUGAAGACCGCAGCUAUUCAAAUGUCGAAGCUGAACAAGAUGAACAAGAUAAAGAGCAGGACGAACAGGACGAUGAGGGAUCAGAAAGUUUAUGGCGUUCAGAAGUCAGCAGUACUCUGGAUGAUCUGAUUGCAAACGCGACGUAUCUCAAGAGUCUACUAUCAACCAUGCCUACUCUCCCAUCCUCUGAGUCGCCGCGUCGAAACCUUUUUGUCACUGCACCGUCUACUCCUUCCUACUCUCUCAGUCAACUUCCCAGCUUAGUAGGGCUCAACAAUCUGUCUUCUUUUCGGCGGGGACUUGCUGCUUCAUCUGCAGAGUCGGGAAAUAGCGGUAACGGGGGUGGAGACCCGUCGUGGAGGUCAUUGCUUUUCUAUCUUGCUUCUAAAUUCGCACAUCUUUCGAAAAGAAUUGCUCUGGAUAUGGCCCUCAUAGCCUCAAUCAUCACCCUCUUACGCUGGAGACGCAACUUGCGCCGUGCUCCUGAUUCAUCGAGAUUUCCUACUCUACAAGUAUCUGCAUGA